UCCGGUCAAAGGUUACAUAAACACGGCAAGGGACGCUCCCAGACAGAUCGGAUGUCACCAAGUCGUUGGUAACAGAAAAUUCGCAACGCCUUCUUCGGUCCCGUUAGAUUCUUGAAGUCAUCUUCUCCGUACAAGACGAGGAAAACCCCCCUUUAGGCUACGAUCUGCACCGAGUGAACUUUUCUGGAAGAAACAGAAGCUCAUUCCUCGCAAAGGAAUCUUGAGAGAAGAAGAGAAGAUGGCGGAUUCAGGUUUUCCAGAUACCCACACCACAACAGCCACCACCACAACGACCACCACAACUACCACUACUUCGUCACCCUUCUGCGACAUCGGCUACUUCUUGACGCUUCCAGGCAUCUUGAAGAUUCUCCAACUCUUCUUUGGACUGAUCACCUGGGCGUGCGUUGCGUCGUACCCGUACCGGUACGUUCCCUAUGGAGGAGGUCAGCACUGGGUGAUGUUUGUGGCUGUGACAUGCUGGAUCAUCACCCUACUGCUGGUGGUCCUCUACUCCACCUCACUCUACAAGCGCAUCGGACUGCCAUGGCUCUUCCUGGAGCUGGUUUAUGCUGCAGUGGCCACACUGUUGUACCUGAUUGCCUUUGCUGUCCAGGCUGGGACUACCCACACCAGAUUCGCGUACACCAACGCCAACUGGUACAACACCUACGCAGCCGCAGCUGCCUUUGCUCUCUUCACCACGAUCUGCUAUGGCGUGGACGCCUUCCUGGCGUUCCGUAACUGGCAAAGCGGCGGGACCAGCGCAGGCGGGAACACCGCAACCGCCUGAGCACGAUCGUCUGACCGCUGCGGAGGUCCAGAGAUCACUCCUCAAGUGCCUGUUAUUUUCAUCGAGAUUUUUGUUUUAAUUUGCAGGCAGUUGUAUACAAGUUGCUGUUAACUGAGCAUUUCUGCAGAACAUACUGCGCCUGCAUGAA